AUGAUACGGCCGUGGCCUCCACCGACGAAUCUCGCUACUGAUUUCGAGCUCCACCAGUGCAUCGAGGCAUUCUACAACGGAGUCUGGUGGAAGGGAGUGGUGACCAAAGUGCCGGGGAGAGAUGGAAACUUACUGUAUUCAGUUUGUUUUUUGGCUAUCAGGGAGGAGUUUCAGUUCAAUGCAUUAGAGAUUUGGAGGCAAAUUAAGUGGGCAAAGGGGGAGUGUAUUAACGUUGAACAUGGUGAUCAGACAUACACCAAUAAACUGGAGAUCAAGGUCUCACGACUUGAAGAAGAGAACAAUAUUACAUUCUGCGCCGCCACCAGAACCAAAGCAUCAACUGCGAAGAUCAAGCUCAACUUCUUUCUAAAGAUUGCAUUUUGCAACGGGUGCCGAGUUCUUCGAAAGGCUGCAGCGCAGUCGUGCGUGCUCCGCACGUGCCUGCAGUGGAUCGAACGCGCCGAGGCCCAGGGCCACGCCACCGUCUCGUCGCAAGUUCUCUUCGGCCGCGCCGUCAUGUCCUUCAUCUCCGCCGUCCCGAGCCCCAGAUUGCCAGCGCUGUUUCAGUCCUUGCUGUUCGAGCCUGCGGCGCGUACGAUCAACCUGAACGGCGCGGUGGGUCUUCUCUGGACGGGGAAUUGGAACCUGUGCCAGGCGGCGGUCGAGACGGUGCAGGGCGGAACGCUGCGGCCGAUGCCGGAUCUUGACGCGUCGACCUGGUUAACGGCGGGGUCAAAGGAGGAGAGAAAGAGACGUCGCCUUUGCUGCGACGGCCUGCGAUCUGGAUCUGUGCCUGACGCCGAGAUCGAGGGAGGGAAGCGAAGGCCGACGACGCCGUCGACGGAGGAGGAGGAUCGGUGACGACGAAGCGCUGACAGCGUUGUGGAUCGAUCGGUGCCGAGGUUGUUGAAUCUUUUCGUUUGAGAGGGGGGUGUGGGUGUGUUUUCGAGUGAAACUGGUCGUUCAAGUUUUGAGCGGAUUUUUGUCGGAGCCCGGCGAUGGUUGUUUUAUUAACCUUUUCCGUUUUUUUGUUAAUUUUGCGGUUCGGUCCUUGACUUCGAUGUAAUUACCGACAUGGGAUUCCGAGGGUGGAAGAUGAUAGUGUCGGUUGUCACUGGUUAUUUAGUGUUAUAUCGGGAUAUUGUAUAAAUAAAUUAUCUUUUAUUGCAUCUUACUUUGGGUGUUUUUCUUGA